CUGUUCAAACGCUACCUCUCUCCAUUUCUACUUCUUCCUCCGAACAGUGACCGCCACCUGAACAAACGCCAUCGCACAUACGCUGCCGCACUCUCACGCUACCUUAAGUCCCGACGCCGGAACCGAUCUCCACCAUCGCCUGAAUCUCCAGACCAGCUGGUGAAUACUACUGCCUUGCUUCGGUUCACCGGCAGAGGUAAUUAUCAAUGUCUGCCCCCGCGUUCUCCUUCAAUCCAUCCUCUUCUUCCUCCUCCUCUUCGCCAUUCUCCUUUGCGUCGUCCACUACCCCAUCUUCUUCUCCGUUCGGUUCAUCAUUUUCUAUGCCUUCUUCAAACCCUAGUGCACCUUCUUCAGGAGCAUUUUCGUUAUCGUUCAAUUCAUCUGCAUCUCCAUCGCCGUCCCCUUCUCCAUUUUCAUCUGCUUCCCCUAACACCUUUGGAUUUGGAGGAAAUGCGGCCCCGGCGUCAUCCGCUUCCGCUUCCGCUAGUUCCUUCGGUUUUGGAGCAAGUGGUGCACCUGCCUUCGGAUUCGGAUCAACUGGUGCAUCGGCUUCAGCUGCUUCCACUCCUUCCUUUGGAUUUGGCGCAACUGGUGCAUCGGCUCCAGCCGCUUCCACCCCUUCCUUUGGAUUUGGCGCAACUGGUGCAUCGGCUCCAGCUGCUUCCACUCCUUCCUUUGGAUUUGGCGCAACUGGUGCCUCUGCUCCUUCUUUUGGAUCUGGAUUAACCAGCACAGCGGCUUCCACGACAUCCACUCCUUCAUUUGGAUUCGGAUCAACUGGCAUAUCAGCUUCACCUGCCUCCGCACCAUCAUUAGGAUUUGGAUCAACCGUUGCUGGUUCUUCGCCAGCGCCUCUUUUUGGGAUGGCAUCGUCUCCUUUUGGUGCUUCUGCUUCCGGAUCAUUUGCGACCUCAGCGGCGCUUGGAUCUUCAUCUGCUACACCAUCGCUGUUUGGGGGAGGUUCAUUAGGUUCGGUUUCGUCUGCUACUACCACAACUACAUCGUUGUUUGGGGUUUCAUCGGGUCCAGGUGCUUCUACAAAUUUGUUUGGAUCAUCUACUCCUAGUUCACCAUCACCGUUUUCUUCAUCAAACAUAUUUGGGACACCUUCUUCUACAUCGGCAUUGGCUAAUGCAUCUGCUCCAUCAUCUCCGUCUCCUUUACAGGCCUCUUCUUCUACAGCUUCAACUGCACCCACUUUUCCUAGUAUGUUUGGAUCUUCUGCAUCUAGCAUAAGUUCCUCCUCAGCCUCACCAUUUUCAGCAGCCUCUACCCCUUCAUUUUCCUUUCAUUCUGCAUCCUCAGUUUCAACAACUCCUGCUGUUGAAUCAACUUCUACAGGUUCCUCCACCUUCUCUUUUGCAAAUGCGUCAGCUUCUGGUUUCUCUUCUUCUCUUGGGUUUGGUGUAACAGGAGCUUCUGCUACCAGUACUGCUUCCACUGCUGCUCCAACAUCGGCCACUCCAGCUGCAAAGCCUGCUGCAUUAAGCUUUGGGACUGGCGCUUCUUCAUUAUUCUCAACUGUUACAACAACCACAGGUGCUUCCACACCAGCAGCUACAACGGGGGCUGCUUCUUCACAGGCUUUUCCAUCAUUUUCAUUAAGCUCAUCAUCCCCAGCUGCAUCUGUCUCUUCAGUCACCACUACUUCUCUUCCCAGCUUUUCCUUGUCUACCAAAGCACCAGCAACUGCAUCUUCAGCACAGGCACCAGCAACCACUGUUGCUUCUCUUUUUGGUACUUCUACUUCUACCACUGCCACAGUGACAACUACUACCAAUGCUGCAACUACAUCAACUUCUCUCGCAUUAGCUACUGCCACUCCUGGCUCAACAUCAGCUGCUACAACUGCUGUAGCCACUGCACCGAAAUUACCAUCUGAGAUAACUGGAAAAUCUGUCGAAGAGAUCAUUAAAGAAUGGAACUCUGAGCUUCAAGAGCGUACUACUAAAUUCAGAAAGCAGGCCAACGCAAUUGCAGAAUGGGAUAAAAGGAUCUUGCAGAACAGAGAUAUACUUCUCAGGCUGGAGAGUGAAGUUGCUAAUGUGGUUGAAACACAAACCAACCUAGAGAGGCAAUUAGAGCUAAUUGAGACUCAUCAACAAGAGGUUGACAAGGCUUUACUGAGCAUUGAAGAAGAAGCAGAACGUAUAUACAAAGACGAGCGUAAUAUGCUUCUUGAUGAUGAAGCUGCAUCCACAAGAGAUUCAAUGUAUGAGCAGUCUGAAAUGAUAGAAAGGGAACUGGAACAAAUGGCGGAACGGAUCAAAACCAUCAUUCAGACCCUUAAUGCUAGUCAGGGUGGAGAACUGGAAACUGUAGAUGGAAGGAGUCAUCUUGAUGUUGUUGUCAAAAUCUUAAACAAUCAACUCAGUUCACUAAUGUGGAUUGAUGAGAAGGCUGAAGAUUUUUCAUCCCGAAUCCAGAAGCUUGCAAGCCAAGGCUCGGCAGCAGAUCGUGAACUAACUGGACCGAGAUUCUGGUUGAAAUAGGAAGAAUUGGAUUAGUUAGAAUUGCCAUUUUCUGGGAUGAUGAUGAUGUUAAAGAUAACUGAAUUUCAUCUACUUAUUCUAUCAAAAAUAACUUGUGUAUUUGAAUGAAGGUGGAAAAAACUUCUUUGUUA